AUGGAUCCACUCAAGAGCUAUCUGCUGCUCCUGACCACGGCCGUCUGUCUGACGGUCUGUGUCCUGGCCACGCCCACUCUCAGCAAGUCCAAAGCAGUCGCCCUGAAGCCGAUCAACCUUCCGGAUCCAAGCCAACUCCUAUCCACUCUGUCAUCCAAGCUUGUCAAGCCGAAGCCCGCCUUUAUUUCGGAUCCUAAGCAGCUUCUGGAGGGCCUAUAUUCCAAAUUUGUUAAGCCAAAGCCCGUUUUUGUGAAGCCCGUGAUUGUAAAGCCUGUCGUUGUGGUCAAGCCGGUGCUUGUCGGUGGUGCCGGCGGAAGUGGACACGGACAUGGUCAUGGACACGGCCAUCAUGGCAAAAAUAAGUUUACAAGUUAA